UUACACGAAAAAUGCAAGAACUUGAGUGUUGACUCAAUCACAUUCAUGUGUCCGCAAUUGAUUUCAGCAACUACAUUGUUGGCAAGUUCGGAGAACAUAGAUGAAGCAUGUGAAUACAUGGCAAGGGUAAUGAAAGCAGCUUCCGAAAACAAUCAAAAGAUCCUAGCCCCAUAUCAUCAGAACAAUCAUUGGGUGCUUCUUGUGAUUUACCCUACCAUAAAUACGGUUCACGUAUUUGAUUCAAUUAAGAAGAAACGCAGCCUAGCAAUAAGAGUGGUAUUGGAUAGUGCCUUCGAAACUUACAAGGCAUAUGGUGGGAAAAGUAAAGGUCCACAAUUACAAUGGGGUGCUGCUGUGUGUGCUCAACAGGAUGGGGGUACUGAGUGCGGGUAUUUUACUUCAAGGUUCAUGUAUGACAUAGUCCACUCAUAUAGUGGAAGUGAAAAUCUAUUCAAGGAUUUUAAGGUGACUAAACCUUAUACUAAUGGGCAAAUUCGUGAAGUUUUAACUUGUUGGGCUCUAUACUUUUUGGACUUUGUAUUCUCCUGAAGUAUAGUAUUUUGUUAGAAUUAAAAGCUACUAUUAUUAGAAGAUAUUUACUUGUAACUGUUAAAGCUUAUCUUCCAUUGCAGUUUUAUUUGUUUUGAAAUAUUUUGAUGUUUUGGACAACUUGUAACAGAUGUCGUUUUAGGAUGAUUUUAUGGAUUUUGAAUGGUUAAUGAUUUUGUAUUGGUCAUG